CUCAUCUCUCGUUAUAGUUGCGCGUUCAGAAAUGCAUCCAAAAAAAAGUGUCGCAACUAUAAUGAAAACGACUGUACACGGCUCGGUUCGCAGAAUUCCUGCGCCGAGGUUUCCGGGAACUCGGAAUCGUUUGUUGACGCGCGCAGACCGUGGCCUUGCCGAAGGCCGCGGCCACGGCCGUAGAUGACGCGCGUGCGGUGCGGCUGUACGCGGAUCGCGAUUCCCGACGCGAAGCGAUUAAUACCGCGAUGUUCGGCGGUGGUGAUCGACUCACGCCAAGAACUCUUGGUAGAGGCGUGGAACUUUACACCCCAGGUCGUGAGUCGAUACCCAAGCGGGGACGGCGGAUCGGGAAUUGCCGACUACCAGGAUCCUCUGGUGGAGCCCAAGGUGGACUUGAGCCCGUUAAUCGGCGGUUUCAGGAAGGCGGACGGCUCUUGCCAAGACUUCUUGGCGGAAGCUAAGGCGCUUAACUCCCUACGUUGUUUGCCCACUUGCGAAGUGUCGACAGACCAGGGAGUGGAAAUUUCUGCACAUUAAGCAAGUAUCGGUACGUUUUUGGGCUUACACAUCGUAACGAUAUUGCAUUUGCAAUACCUUCUGAUGACCAAACCACACGUUUUUGAGUAGGAUUCAAUAAGAUUUGGAUCUGGCCCGGUGUAAAAACUUUACUAUGAACCUUUCGUGUAUGCUGCUCCAUCUUGUAUUUUUCUCUUCUCUUCGUUUCCUUUUUGAAUUUUCUAAAUGCUUCCUUCAUUUUCAUAAUUUUCAUUUGCAGUUUUUUUCUAUAUAUGAUAAAAUAAACAUAAACUCUCAAUAUGUAAA